CUAAGAUUAAGCUUUGAUUUUGAAUCUUGUGUCAACACCAUCUUCCUCUUCUUCAUCUUCUUGUUCAAUUUACGGAGAAUCUUGCUUUGUGCUUCUCAAUUCAUUCAAUUCUUUGAAGAUGAAUGAUCUGAUGACAAAAUCGUUCACCAGCUAUGUGGAUCUGAAGAAGGAAGCCAUGAAGGACUUGGAAGCGGGUCCUGAAUAUGAUCUGCAGAUGUCCGGAACCCAGAUGGACCGGAACCUGGGUUUGUUCUUGGAGGAGGCCGAGAAGGUGAAGCAGGAGAUGGGUUUGAUUAGAGAGAUUUUGGGGAGGCUGCAUGAGGCCAAUGAAGAGAGCAAGUCCCUGCACAAGCCUGAGGCUCUGAAAUCACUGCGGAACCGAAUCAAUGCCGAUAUCAUUGGGGUGCAGAAGAAGGCCAGAGCCAUCAAGUCUCAGCUCGAGGAGAUGGACCGCGCCAAUGCUGCUAAUAUGAGGCUCUCAGGUUACAAAGAGGGUACUCCGGUGUACAGGACUAGGGCUGCGGUCACGAAUGGGCUGAGGAAGAAGCUCAAGGAGCUGAUGAUGGACUUUCAGGGGCUGAGGCAGAGGAUGAUGACGGAGUACAAGGAGACGGUGGGGAGGCGGUAUUUUACAGUGACAGGGGAGUACCCUGAUGAGGAGGUGAUAGAGAAGAUUAUAUCGAAUGGGGAAGGGGGUGAGGAGUUUUUGGGGAGGGCGAUACAGGAGCAUGGAAGAGGGAAGGUGUUGGAGACAGUGGUGGAGAUACAGGACAGGCAUGACGCGGCUAAGGAGAUAGAGAAGAGCUUGUUGGAGCUGCACCAGGUGUUUCUGGACAUGGCAAUAAUGGUGGAGGCGCAGGGGGAGCAGAUGGAUGACAUUGAGCACCAUGUGAUGAAUGCAGCCCAGUACGUCAAGGAUGGAACGAAGAAUCUCAAGACUGCCAAAGACUACCAGAGGAGCAGCAGGAAGUGCAUGUGUUUGGGCGUGAUACUUCUGCUGAUACUAAUUCUUAUAGUGGUCAUCCCCAUUGCUACCAGUUUUAGCAACUCUUAAACGAGCUUUGAGAGUUUAUUUCACUCUCUUGGAGUGAAUGAUUUAGUGCUUGGUGUUCAUACGCUGGUCCUUGUUCCUGGGACUAGUGGGUUUACUUUCUCAAAUACAAUGUUUCUUCUGAUUCCCCUA